CAUGAGCACAGAGGGCCCCAACCCCCUGGCCUUCCUCACAGCUCCUGUCACCCCGGGGAGCUCCGCUGAGACAGCUGACCUCCUCCCCAUGCUCAUUGCCCUGGCCUGCAUCUUCCUCCUGCUGGCUACCUGUCUGCUGUUCAUGACCCUCUGCAAACCGGCUGCACUUGACCCAAGCCACCGCCGGGCCCGCGAGUGCAUGCCCCACCACCCAGGCAGCCCCAGCGAACCCCAGCUCCGGCUCUGGAAGCGCCUUGGCUCCCUGCGUCACUCCCUGCACAGCUUCCGCCAUGGCCGGCCAGCCCCUCAGCGCCCCCUGCCGGCCCGCGAUGACAACCCCGACUGUGACUGCACGGAAUCUACCCAGAUAUGACGGAGUGUCCCCCCAUCCAGGAUCCAUCCACAGAUCCUCCUGCCUCGGACACAGCCUGACACUUUAGGCCUGUGCACCCAGGCCUGAGGCCUUUCCCAGAGAUGACUCCUGGAAAAAUACUUUCCUUUCUGCGGCCCCUCUAGCUGCUGCCUGCUGAAAGACUGCUGGACCAAUUGUGGGGUACCUGCAGACAACUGAACGCUUGGCCUGAGGCUCUGGAGGGCAUACCCUGGGGUCCCCAGGGCCCCUCUCUGGCAGCUGAGCACAUCCUCCUUCAGGAAACAGUGUCCCUGCUUCCAAAUGGAAGCCCUGCCCACCCUCCAGGCACCAAAGCCUAGUUAGGGUCUUGGUGAGAGCUGCUCAAUGACCAGUUUCCCUCUAGCCAGUGGAAUAGUCAGAAUAGUCAGCCCACACUGAAGGCAAGGUAAAUCAAUCGCCCAAGGCAAAAGGAGACAUGGAUUUCUCUCCUUGGAUUCCCAGGGCCCUGCCAGCAUUUGCCUAUUAAUCCAGGGGAGCAGCCAGCACCCUGUGGUGGAUCAGAUGGCCGGAAGCCUACCAUGAAGAGGAGCAAACAGGAGGCUCUCAACACUGCCCAGCCAGUCACCAUCUUGGCAGCCAGCCUCACGACUCCCCGCUUCAAUGCACCUAUGGGGUCAGGGGGCUGAGAAUGGGUUAAGGAGCUCCUGUGCAGCCAGGACUUGUGCUGUGACCGAGCAGCAGGAGGCACUGCCAGUAGCUCUGAUGCCACCUGGGCUCUGAGGACAUAUCACAGUGGCUCUGUGCCUCACCCAGGGAGGAAGGCGGCUUCCCUUUAGGAAGGAGGGCCCAGACCUUUCCAGGACAGCUGUGGGACCUCAGGCUUGGACCACGCCAGGUGUGCUGUGUUUUUGACGAUUACUUCAUUGGCUGGCUACCUGUCAAAGCAAUCCUACCCCAGGGUGGGCUCUCAGAACCCCAAACCCUCAACCUGUCCUCACAAGGCCAAGGCUAUGCACUUUGGUUGAGUCCCAGAUUUGGAAGGUGGGCAGAGGCAGGUCUGAGCUGCCUAGCUCCUGCCAUGAGGCUGCCCUGCCCUGCCCCACCCUCUGUGCUAUGACCCAUCGUGCAGUCAUCAGGCUUUCUCAAAGAGUGAGCUCCAGUUCUGCCGCUGCCCAGCUCCAAAACCAUCACUGGCUCCCGCUGCCGGCUACACAAAGCCGGACUCCUUAGUCUGGUGUUCAGUGCCCUACUCAAGCUGGCUUCAAACUAUCUUUUUAGCCUUAUCUUGACCCAAGACUCCAGGCAAACUGAACCACCUAUCUUCCCCUGGCUGUGGCUUAUGCUGCACAAAGCACCCCUGGGCGAAGCCCUCUUUGCUCUCCAGCUGGCAGCCACCUCCCACCCGGAACUGCCCAUGCUCAGCAGCCUCUUGGCAGCGCGGGUCAUCCUUGCCUCUGUCUUCUUCCUAUAAGCCUGGGAGCUUGCAGAGGAGGAGGCUGGGUCCAACCCCUUACCCUGCCUCAUUCAGCUCCAGGAGCAGAAGUGUGAGGCCUUUGUUUCCUGAGUGAAGGGUGGCGCAGUCUGGGUGUGUCCCCUCCCCCCUGAGCCCAAGGAGUCCUGGGUGAGCCCUCUUCUUCCUCCAGGACGCCCCUAGGCAGAAGCUUCCUCUCCAGGCAGGCCCUAUUGGUCAGGUGCACUGUGCCUUCCUUCCAGGACAAUCCGAUGUUAAAGAGUGAGGCCCGCUUGGCCAGAAACUUACUCCCAGGGCCUUGGAGAAGCCACUAGUGCCUGAAUUUCUCCCUGAGAAAUGGGAAGACUUGUGCUGCCUAUAUUACUCACGGGAGCUAGGAUUUCAGUCUGAAUAGCGCUGUGUGAAUGGAAACCUAUUCUUUGGGUUAGGAAGUGGGGCAGCCUCCUGCCCCAGGGCUUUGUCACCCAGUCCCCUCCCCCUGGUUAACCUCUUCCUGGUUCCCUCCCCCAGGGCCUCCCUGAGACAUCCCAGAGUGAACUCGGCCUGCAGUCACUCAUAUCACCCCCUGGCUGGUGUGCCUGCCCUGCCCAGCACUAGACAUUCUCUUCCUGGAGAUCAGGUUGGUGGAUGGCUGCCCUGAGGCUGGAAGGAGAAGGAAAUGCUGGGAUGGGGAAGGGGCUCUCAAAGCUGUGGCCAGAUCCAGCUAUGUCCCCAGGUUGGUCCUGGGAGACCUGGUCAGUGAGCUGGGAGGCAGGUGUUAGGUGUUGGGCUGGGGGAGGGGCGGGGCCCCUCAGCUUUGGCCGUGUGACUCUCCAGGCUCAGGCAGCUGAGGCACAGAGGCAGAGCACCUCCUUCCUCCUCCUGGAGCCAGGCCCCAAGCUCUUGCAAGUCUUUGUGGAGUCUCUGCUCCUCUGGGAGUCAGCCUGCUCUCCAACCCCUUUCCUGCCUCCCUCCUGGCCCGGAUACAGGGAGGUGGGCACAUUUCUGGCCUCCAGAUCUCCUGCCUCUCCCAAUCCCAGGAGCCUGCCCCAGCGGACAUGCCCAGAUUUGCUGUGUUUGACUUAGCCUCCAAGUCAAACACCCCCGUGGCUGGUGAAGAGGGUAAUUCAUUCCUGGCUUCCCUCCCCGCCCAGCAACUAAGAUCUCCAGGGCCGAGUGGGGGAGGGCACACAAGCUGCAUUUUCAGGUCCUCCCAUCUCCCCACCGAGCCUCAAAGCUGCUGAUCCUGCUUUCAGGGCAAAGGAGCCCUUUCUCCUUGUGCCCGUCCCAAGAGGGGAGAUUCGGCCAAGGGCCCCGUGAAAGCUGCUCUGUUCUGGGCCUUGCUGGGCACUGGCUCUCUCCUCAAACUACUUUCUGGGGAAAUGUGACAUCUCCAUCUCCUCUUGGCUCUGAAAGGCCUUCUAGAUGGGGUGGGAGUGAGGAGAGGGCAGGGAGGGAGAGAGGAAGGAGAGGGGCCUUCCUUCUACUUGGCAGGGAGCC